UUUUGUUAAGCACUUUUGUUGCUGUGUGAAGGUUGUUUCUGCAUAUUUUCAAGUAUUGAAAGGUUUUUUAAAUAUUAACUAUUAAAAUUCAAUUUUGCUUGCUUGGCAUUCAGCCAGCCUGCUUCCAGCUUUCCAAGGUCACAGUUGUAUAUAAUCAAUACAUCAGCUUUCAUAAUAUUGUUUGCUUGUUCUGUUGUACUCUAAGAAAUAACUGUUUGAAAUGGGUACUUUACAAAUCAUAAUACUGCAACUCAAAGAAGUUAAGUAACUUGCCUGAAAAAUAUAGAGGUGGUGAAGCUAAAAUUUCCAUUUAAAUAAAUCUGAUCUCACAGUUGUGUUUUCCUCACACAGAUUAUUGAACACAUUAUUUUAUUUGAUAAUAAGCUAUUAUUCUUUGCUGUUUUUUUGUUUGUUUGUUUUGGUCUUCCUUGGGAGGGAACUGUUCUUUGUUUUAUUCUUUUUGAGGUCAGGGAAAGGUAUCUAGUAAGAGAAAGGAUAAGAAAAUCGAUAUCUUGAUUUAAAAUAUUUUUAAUUUCAGAUGGUACAACAUCAUUAGAAAACACCAGUUUUAGCUUGUGUUUAGUUCUUUAAAGAAAAUAACCUGUUAACAAUGUGAGCGCAUAGUAUCCUACCUAUGCAUAAUAUUGGUAUUUUGAUUUGAAAUUAUACAUAUUUAAGCAGGUGAGUUGAAGCAAUCUCUUAUUUUCUUUGUAUAUGGAUUUCGGGAUUUACAAAAGGUGUAAAUUUGGACAGAUAGGAAAACUGAUAUUCUGUGAACUUGUAAAACUAAUCGUUGGUCUUUUACAUUCUAAAAAAGGAACAAACAUUUAUUGACCACCUAUGAAAAUAUCUAAUAUAUGUUAUUUGGUUUAUGAAUAAAUAUCUACAAAAUGGGUGCUAUUUUAUAUCAUUUAAUAAUUAAUCCCCAAAUCUAUUCUAACAUUUAUUACAUAGCAGCAAUGUGUUAGGUGCUUUGCUUCCCAUAUGUCAGUGCAGUCCCUGCAAUAACUGCCCAGCACAGCCCAGUAGAACUUUUCCACAACCCUGGAAAUGUUAUUUUCCACUGCCCUGUAUGAUAGUAACUAUAAUCCUGUGGUUUUUGAACAUUUGAAAUGUGACUAGUACAACUGAGGAACUGAACUUUUAAAUUUUAUUUCAUUUUCAUCAGUUGAAAUUUUUAUUUAAAUAGCCACAUGUCACUCAUGGCUACUGUAGUGUACAGUACAGCCUUUGUAGAUAUUAUUACCAUUUUUCAAAAGAGAAACUAGUUCAGAUAAAUUCCUGAAGCUUGUAGAACUUCAUAUAGUUUUAUAUAGUUUUUGAGCAAAAUAGUAUUAUAGGAAUGGUAAUUUGUGGUGCAUAAUGAAUAAAUGGAGUAAAUGGAAGAAAGCAGGUAAGCAGUUACACUGGGAGCUGCCAGGAAGUAUGGUUACAAAUGACUGGAGAUAGGUUUACCAUCACUUAGUGACAGAGUGCGAGGACUAUGGAAGAGAGAACCCAAGCUUACUGUGAGGUGUGAGAAUCUAGGUAACCUGGAAAAAAUGAUAAUAACUAUUUACUGAAACAGAAAAAUCAUGCACCUUGUUGAGGCUUAAGAGGAUUUGGUUUUGGCUGUUUAUUUUGAUCAAAAAUAUUUAUUGAAUGAUCAUUAUGAACAAGGCCCUCUGCUAUGCUGAAGUAGAGGAAUGUACUCAUUCAGCAAGGAUUUUAUCAGUUAAGACACUCUCCUAAGUUUUUAUGCAGGUGGAAGGUAAUGAGCUGUAAGAGAUGUACAAUUCAAGUUUUCUCAGAGGAAGGGAUACUGCAUUCAUGAUGCAGAGGGAUCAGGGCAAGGUGUGUAUGGGUAAUGAUAUUUGAGCUUGUUUUUGAAGAAUGAGAAAGAUUUGGACAAGCUGAAACAAUUAAAGGAGGGGGAGGCUGUGCUUUUUUACCAAAACCUCUAAAAGCUGAAUAUCUUGGUCUCCUAAAUAUGUGGCAAGUUUUGCAUAGUAGGAAAGAAAGGAAGAUCUCCAAGUUUAAAAGUCAGAGAAGUCUGUUAUUAGAGUAGUAAAGUGUCGAUUAUGUCUUCUUUGGGGCAUUUGGCUGAUAGAAGUGUUAAUACAUGACUGUGGGGUACCCAGGGAUCCCAAACAGGAAUUGCAUACUCUCAAAAGGGUCUGACCAUCUGCAUAGACAAGGGCAAAGGAAGCAUACUCUUAGUGUGAAAGAUUUUUAAUAGAAUUGGUGUGCAGAGAGUUGGGGGGCCCAAGAUGGGGGAGGACUUCAAAUAAUGUCCCAAAUUACCCAACCUCAUAUGGGAAAAUGCCCCGUGAAACAGGCCCAGCCUGAAGUAGGGCCACUGAGGCCCAAAAGCUUGCCGUAGAUCUAAGGUACCUCCUGCCUGGGAAUCACAAGACAAGGGCUAGGCAGGUCCCAGAGAGUUGGGGCAGAAGGAGAGACUCAAAUUUUAAAAUGUACCACAUCAUCCACUAUAAAGUCAAGAUAGUGGCUGCCACUGUCUCUGCCAAGGACCAGGAACAGCCUCUACGUUUACCUCACAUCUCUUCCAGGUGUCUCUCCACAUCUCUUUUUAUCCACCUUGCUUCUUCACAGCUUUCCCCCCAUCCAGGAAGUCUGCUGGGAAGUAUAGUCCAAGGCAAGUGUGUGUCAGUGGUGGUGGGGAAAAUGGCAUCUGUUCUGUGCAUCUCCCCCUUUCAUAGAGAUCUAUAGCAAAAGGAAUAAAGCCCAAUUAGGGACAGGGCUUUCCCUGCUCUCCACCCAAGGUAAUGGCAGUAGAACUCAUGUCCCUUUGACCUCCCAGGAGCACAAGUCAGGACACACCAUUCACAUGGAAGUUUGUGUAAAUGAGGCCUGUGUGUCAGGGAUGACUUUUUCAUAAAAAAAUAAAAUGCAAAUAUUUUCCACCUGACAUUGUCCAACUCAUGGCCUUGGAGAACCACUUCUCCACUUCCCUGCAAUUCAGUCAGGACCCUCAAAAAAUCUACACACUUAGGAAAAAAAAAAUCUCGGGCCUCCCUGGUGGUGUAAGGGGUUAAGCACUGCACUAUGAAGAAAUCCAUAGCCUCUGCAGCAAGAGUUCGAUCCCCGGCCAGCUAGGGAGCAACCACAUGGCACAGCAGACCUCUCCUGACUCACCUGCUGCUCCCCUCAGCAUUGUACUUCGGUCACUCUGCCUGUUCUAUUCCCCACUAUCUCUGGUGAGUCUUCUCAUCCCCUGCAUCUUUGGCCUGUACCUCAGCUCUUGUAUGCAUAACUAAGUAAAUCUUAAAAAAAAAAAUCUCCUUCCUGGGAAAUGGAGAUCACAAAGAAAUGUGUUCAUUUUCACUACAGCUCCAAGCAGGGGAAUAAGAUACCACCUGAGGACUUGAAACUCUAGGAUCUGCCAUCAUUGAGAGUCAAGCUUCAAAUUUACUUAUUCUUAUGGCUAAAAAAUCCUGCAAACAAAGAAAUUAAAGUCUGUCCAGGUUGUUUGUGUGCUAGAGUGCCUGACAAAAAUAAACACAGACUCUCCCUAAAAUGAUUCACUCUUAACCAAGCCUUUUAGGACACUACCAGAUUAAGAUCAUGUAAAUAUUGAGAUCAAGGCAAAAGCCAUGAAACACAUCUGCAGGGGUCAACAGAACCUACACGGGAACUAGAGAACUUUAUGUUGCAAUCUUCAGAAACAAAGUCAGAUUUGAAGAGAGGAAAGAUGAAAAGUUAAAGAUUUUAGAAAUUGAAAAUUUGUUAAAAGUGAGAAUGAUCAGAAAGCACUAUUGGAAUUUGGCAAGAAAUUGUCAUGAGUACCUAAAUAGAAGAAAAAAGUGUUGAUGGAAUGUUGUAGACUGACAAAAAAAAAAAGGAAGAAAGGAGACCGUUAAGACAAUGCAGGCAGGAAAUUGCUUACAUCAAGCCUAUAAUGGUCACUGUAGGGAGGAGGGAGAAGCUUAUUUAGCAAGAUUUGAAUGUACAUAUUUAGCAACAAGUCAGCUGAUGAGAGUUAAUGACAUGUACAAGUCAGAAAUUGCUGAGAUUUCAUUUGGAAGGUCAGUCUGAGCUGAGGAAGCUGAGUCCAUUGGAGGGCUGUAGAGGAGCUAGAAAUGUAAUGGUGAACAAAACAGUUGGUUCCUGCUUCACAGAACUACAAGUCCAGUAAGGAAGUAAAACUGAACAAACCUGUUUGAGAUGUGGUGGUUUCAGCAAGGCCUCAGUUUUCUCCCUUCAGCCCUUGUCAUUUGGACAGCUGCCGCUUUCAUAUUUUCUUACAUCACUGCUGUCAUCCUCCACCACGUUGAUCCCGCUUUGCCUUAUAUCAGUGACACUGGUACAGUGGCUCCAGAAAAAUGCUUGUUUGGGGCAAUGUUAAAUGUUGCUGCAGUUUUAUGCAUCGCUACCAUUUAUGUUCGCUAUAAGCAAGUUCAAGCUCUGAGUCCUGAAGAGAGUCGGAUCAUCAAACUAAAUAAGGCUGGCCUUGUGAUCGGAUGGCUGAGCUGUCUAGGACUCUGUCUGGUGGCCAACUUUCAGAAAACCACCAUUUUUGUUGUACACGUGUGUGGAAGUGUGCUCACCUUUGGGAUGGGCUCCUUCUAUAUGUUUGUUCAGACCGUCCUUUCCUAUCAAAUGCAGCCCAAAAUUCACAGCAAACAAGUUUUCUGGGUCAGGCUGCUGAUGUGUGUCUGGUGUGGAGUAAGUGCAUUUACCAUGCUCACUUGCUCCUCGCUUUUGUACAGUGGCAGUUUUGGCACUGACAUAGUACAGAAACUCCAUUGGAACCCUGAAGACAAAGGUUAUGCGCUCCACAUGAUCACUACUGCGGCAGAAUGGUCUAUGUCAUUUUCUUUCUUUGGUUUUUUCCUGACUUAUAUCCGUGAUUUUCAGAAAAUUUCUAUACGAGUGGAAACAGACUUAGGUGGAUUAACGCUCUAUGACACUGCUUCUUGCCCUGUUAUCAAUGAACAAACAGGACUGCUCUCCAGAGAUUUAUGACAGAAGGAUAAAUUCUAUAUGUGAUGAUUAUGAUUCUCAGGGAUUCAGGAAACUAUCAUGAAAGUUACUUAUUCUGCUCUGAAAUUUUCAACCAAGUAUUCAAGGCUGACAGUAACAACCACAAAUGCUGGUAAUCAAGAGAUGCGAAAUAAGCCAUGGAAAGGAUGUCAUCAAGAGGAGCAUAUAAAUACAUGUAUCAUGUAUGCCUAUACUUUUUUUUAAUCCAGGAAAUAAUACCAAAGGAUUACAACACUAAGUUUUUUCUACCUUAAGAGAAACAACUAGAAGUCCACCAACCAGUCUGCAAAACCUGGUCUUCCACAUUUUGUAAAUCAUGGUAAAGUAUACAGAAUGUUUGUUUGGAGCACUUUUAUGAGAGACAUUUUCCAGGACCCCCAAAUCAUCAGCAUUGCUCCAUUGCUCUUUUAGAAAUGAGUUUUGAAUUAAUAACUAUCAUUUUAAUACCUUUUGUAUAACCAUUAUACAUUUUUUUUUCCUUCUGGACUCCACUUAUAAAGGGAAGCAGAUGUGCAUUCAUGAUAAGCGCUUUCAUUGCUUAAGCUUUGCACAAGAGAUUCUGAAGUAUUGAUUUGACUCCUGCCUAAGGCUAGACACUACACUAACUCAUCUGUCAGAUGUGCUUGCAAUCGUUUCGUGCAGCUUAAUCUCGGGUAUGAGUUUUUAAUCACUAAUCAAUGAGAGAAAUAGCUGUAGGUUAAUUUACUCCAAUCAUGUUUUACAUAAAACAAGGCUGAGUAUUUGUACUUAAGACUAAGAGGUUUGUAAAUAAAAGGAUAUGUGAUUAAUGUUAUACAAAAGUCGCUCCAGACUGUAGUGAAAACUGUCUUAGAUUUUCAUUACAUCAAAUUACAAUUAUGAAACCUAUUUCUCUCAGCAAAUAUUGAAUCUUUUUAAUCGGAUAUGAUCUUAUGAAAUCCAAAUUCUAAAAGGGCAAGAUUAACAAUUAAAAAAAAAAGCUAGAUACAAAAUAGUUGUGAUACAUAGAUACAAACUGUGAUACAUAAACAUGUUAAAACACUUUUCUAUCUGGUGAUGUAAAUGAUUGGAGACCUUCUCCUUGGAUCCCUUUCUGUGCAGAUAAAGGAUGUUUUACAGAUCUCAAAUAAAGUUCAAAAGAAAAAUACUGAUCUGGAAGGUACCCAGGGGAAAAUUGGUUUGCAAAAGAAUCUCUGAAGAUUAAGAUUUCAUCUUUUAGAAGAAAUAAUUCCAUAGCCAGAAUAAAAGAUGGUGAGAACACAAGUUAAAAGUGUAAGAAGGAACAAUUUAAGGGAAAAUGUUUAUAUAGUGGAACCAGAGAUCUCAAUUAUGAAUAAGUUGCUAGAUAUGACUCUAUAAAUAAUAUUUCUGAAAACAUCUGGACUAAUAAGCAGAAAAUGGGAUAAAAUACUGUUUACCUGUAUCAAGGGAUAGUGAACAUGGGAAACAUUCUAAUAAACUCUAAUUGAGAUUUGGUGUCACUAGAAAAAAAAAUUGUGCUUCUGAAUAUCAUGGGUGCACCCAUACUUGAAAACAGUAUCUUCUCCUGAUUGCUAUACAUCAGAGAAGCUGUGUGCAAGUUAUGAAGGAUCACAGUAUGGGCAGAAAGAACUUGAUAGGAUCAGAAUUUACAAAAUUAUAGAAUGUGUAGGGAAGACAGCACAGAGAAGAAUGUGGACUUGCAUGUCAUACUUAGAAUACUUGGCUUAGAAAUAUGUGCUAAUACAUUAAAGAAAAUAUUUCAAGAAGAAAAUCAGAUAUACUUGAAUUUAUUACUUUACUUUUAGAAAUAACAUAGGUGGAAAGAUAUUAAUAGGUUCCAAAGGGAUUAUAAAUAGAAAUUUUGAAUGUGUAUUCAUCUCUCACCUUAAGGCUGAAAUAAUAGAAGAUAAUCACCCUCUCUCAAAAAUAUGCCUUUCAUCAUCUGAUAGAGUUGUUUGGAUAAACAGCUAAGGUAUUUCUCUUUAAUUCAAUCACCAAUUUUGUAUUGAAUGUUAAGCUUUAAGAGGUUCUAAGCUGACACAUGGAGAUACUCUUAACUGUUAGUGAAAAGUCUGUCCUUCUUGUCCAACAAGACUACAUUUCCCAGCCUUAAGUAUAAGGAUGAGACUGAAUUUUAGCCAGUGAAAUAUAAAUGGAAUGGAUAUACUUGAUAUUUUCCUAUUAAGGUUUUGAAAAACAGGAAUGCUACAUCCAAAUUUGUUUCCCUGACUUUCACCAAUUGGAUAUUUUAGGAGAUGACAGAAACACAAGGUAGGAAGAGCUCAACCACAUACCCAUUUAAUCAUAUUUUAGAAAGCAAAUGAGAUAUUAUUUAGGAACUCCAUUUUUAUCCAUUCCAGUUACUAAGAUUGUAUUGUAUAUAGACCAGUGUCGUGUUGUAAAUACUCAAAUGAAUUUAUAAAAGAGAAAGACAGCUUUACUUGGUUCUUUUGCAGUGUUUUGUACAGACUGAAAUGAAGUUCAGUAAAUGGUUUCUUAGUGUCCUUGUAAAUCUGUGAUGUACAUUUUGCCUCUUUUUAGUCAGCCAGAAUGCUGAUUUUAAAAAGAAUGUACUGAUUUAUUAGAAAGGUAAGGCUAUGGUAUAGACCUAAAACAAAGGAAAAAUCUUUACGGUUAGUGUGAAUCUUGACAACAUAAGCAACUUAUAUUGUGAACUGUACCACCCAAAGCCAUGGUAUUUUGAAAGUGUGAGUUCAGCAGAGGCACAGAAGGAUGGCAAAGAACAGAGAGAAUGCCUCAGAAACCAGCAAAUAUGCUAUUGGAAUGCAGUACAAAGCUCGGCUGAAAAGCAGAUUCUAUUAGAAUGUUAACAGUGCUCAGAUCCCAAUGUCUGCUGAAAGGAAUUCCUGUGCACUUAAAAUAUUUGGAGCAGAAGGGUGAAAUAACUCAAAGUAAAGCAGCAACAAAGCUCAUCUCAACUACAGAUUAGCACUGAGCCUUGCAAUCUAGGAGUGGACUGAAGAAGGGGUUUGCCUUCCCUGAAAGUAACAUUUUCAUGCCUUCUAUUCUUUUCUAAAUAUAUCCAGCAUCCAGCAAGCAAAAAAAGAUAAGACAUGCAAAACAGUAGAAACAAUUAUCCAGAGGUCGCCAAUAGAAGCAAACUCAGUUGUCCAGAUGUUGCAGUUAUCAGGCGUAGGUAACUAUGACAAAAAUGCUAAAGGAGCUACUGAAAAGAGUACAAAACAUUCAUGAAGAGAUGGAGAAUUUCAAGAGACAUACAAACUGAAAAGCAAAAUUCUAGAAUGUGAUAUGAGUAUACAUAGAGAUCAAUAAACUCGUGAUGGCAAUUGCAAGAAUGAAAAUCAAGGAUUUGAAAGAAAGGAGUGAACAUUCCCAAAGUUGUUGGACAUUAACAGAAAAUGAAAAUUAAAAGUGAGUGGAAAUGAUUAAGUUGAUAAAAACCUAGCAAAACUAAUAUACUAGUAUCAAUAGUAUUCCCCCAAAGUCAUGUUUACCUACAACUUAAGGAUAUGACCUUAUUUGGAAAGAGUGUUUGCAGAUGUAGUUAGAUAAGGUGAAGUCAUACUUAGAUUAGGAUGAGCCCUAAAAUCCAAUGACUUGUGUUCUUAUAAGAAGGCCCUGUGAAGACAGGAAUAGUUUGGAGCAAGCAAUGCAGUUGCAAGUAUAACAUUGCCAACAACCAGAAACUGGGAAGGAGCAAGGGAGGAUCCUGCACUACAGCCUGCAGAGGGAGCCUUAGAGGAGGGCCAACAUAAACCACUAACAAAAAUUGACAAAUAUGAGAAAGGAAAAUCAAAGACUAAUAUCCUUCAUGAAUAAUGAAUACAAAAAUACUUAAAAUAGUAGAAAUUUAGCAAUGUUAAAAAAAAGAUUAUGACCAGGUGGGCUUUAUGAUUUAAAAAUCCCAGUAAAACAAUGGAAAAGGAUCUUCUCACUUGAUAAAGAACAUCUUUGAAAACCUAACAGCUAAUAUACUUAAUGGUUUAAUACUAAUUCCCCUGUAUUAGAAAGAGACAAAGAUAGCUCUUCUAUUUCCUUGUAUUCAACAAUCCAAUAGGAGUCCUAGUCCAUAAAAUUAAGUCAAGGAAAAGAGGAAAAUAGGUUAGGAAAAAGGGAAAGUGUGCUUUUACGAGUACUCUGAAAUUUUCAAAACUAAUUUUGGACUAAUAAGUGAAUUUAGCAAGGUCACAGGGUAAAAAGUCAAUAAAAAUGACAAAAAUAACAUAAAAGCACAAUAUCAUGAAACUGUCAUAUACAGUAUCAUGUAACUGUCAUACAAUAUCAUGAAACUGUCAUAUACAUUACAACAAAUCUGAUAACACUAGAAUUUACAGAAGUUACUAGGAAGAAUUUUAAAGUAAAUGGCAAGGUAUAUCACAUGCAUUGGAAUACUCAAGAGGCACAAUAUCUUCAUGAUGAUUUCUGGCUCUAAAGUAAAUCCUAACAAUUCCAACAGGGUAUUUUGAAGAAGUUGACAAGCUGAUUCUAAAAUGUGAAAUUCACGGCAUCUAUAACAGCCAAAGCAAAAGUUGAUGGACUUAACACUAUCUAAUUGCAAGAUUAUGUUACAAUAAAGAAGACAAUGUAGUGUUGACAUAAGGAUAGGUGAAUACACCAGUGGAACAGUGUAGAGUCGUAAAAUAUAGACUAAACACUAAUUCAAGUGAUUUUCAAUCAGAGUCAAGAAAAUACAGUGAAAAAAGGGAAAAGUUUAGCAAUCGUGUUCUAACCAAAAAACCCGAAUGGAAAACAAUGAACCUCAAUAUUUCACUCUUGUACAGACAUUUUGAGUGCAUCACAUACCUUCAAGAAAGAGCCAAAACUAUAACACUUCUAAGUGAAAACCUAGCAAGCUAUCUUUGUGAUGUUUGAGAAGACAGUUUUCUUAGGAACAAGAAAGGGAAAACUUAUAAAAAGGGCUUUUUCGUAUUUAAGAUUUCUGUUUAUCAAAAGAUACCCUUAAGAACCUGACUAGGCAAACCAGUUUGGUUUGUGUACAAAUGUGUAUUUUACAAGGAACUUAUGUACAGAAUAUAUGAAGAAUUUUAACAAAUCAAAGAAGAUAAUGGAUUAUCCACUUUACUAAAAUGAGCAAACAACAGAUACUUCACAAAAGAAGAUAUAUGACUACACAAAUUGCUCAUGAAAAGAUAUGCAGCAUCAGAAUGUUAGCUGCCUCAAGAUAACUACUACAUACUCACUAGUAUGGCUCUAGUACAAAAAUAGUGACAACAGCAAAUGCUGAUGAGAAUGUGAGAAACUGGAAUUCUUGCCUUGCGGUGAAUCAUUUUGGAGAACAGUUUGGUAGAUUCUGUUAAAGCUAAACAUACCUACUUCGUGACCCUGCAGAAUCUAUUCACAGAAAUUUACCUAAGGAAUAAAAACAUUCACUAGAAGACUAUAACAAGAAUCUUACCAGCACUCUUACUCAUAGAGCCCAAGUAAGACAGUAAUCCUAGAAAGACCAUCAUUAAGAAAAUGAAUAAUCAUGUUGAGGUUUAUUUAUGCAAUGGAUAACUACUUGGCAAAACAAACUACAGACAUGGACAAUACAUAUGAAUCACAACAAUAUUAUAUUGAGAAAAAGAAACCCCAUACAGAUGCAAAUAACAUGCUAUAUGAUUCUAUUGGAAGCACAAGAGCAGGCAAAACUAUGACAAUACAAGUCAGAAAGUUAAUGUUUUGGGGGAAACAACCAGAAAGGGGCAUGAGGGAUUGUUAGGUGUUAAGUUGUAGUCCCCUCUGCCCCAUUUAUAUACUGAAGUGCUACCUCCCAGUACUUCAAAAUAAGGCUGUAUUUGGAGAUAGUAUCCUUAAAAAGGUAAUUAAGUCAAAACAAGGUCAUUAGGAUGGAUCAAUAUGACUGAUGUUCUUAUCAGAAAAGGAUAUUUGGACAUACAUAUAUACAGAGGGAAGGCCAUAUGAUGGGAUGAGGGGAGAUGGUCAUCUGUAAGCCAAGGAGCGAGGCCUCAAGAAAUAACCCUGUCAAAAUUUUAAUCUUGGAUGGCUUCAAAACUGAAAAAUUUGUUUAAGCCACCAGACUGUUUCUUUGUUAUGGCAGUAUUAGCAAACUAAUACAAAGAUCUUACUGGGAAUGAUGUGAACAUUUUCCAUUUGGAAGUAGGCAAUAAUUAUAUAUACAAUUGUCAACUCAUACUGAACACUUGAGAUCUAUACUUAUUUUAGUUCAAUUAAGGAAAGAUAAAAAAUAAGACAACCUGCUGAUGCUUUUGGUAGAAAUUGGUGAAAUAGAUGAAAGUAGCUAACCUAUUUUUUUAAAACAGGAAAGCAUAAAUAAAAUGACCAUGAAGGAAAAUAAUUCAAAGAGAAGAAAGUUUAACAGGAGACUUUUGCAUAAACUUAAAGAAAUUGAUAUAUUCUACCAAACGUCCAGUCUCAGUAAAUAUAACUUGUCAGAAUUGUUCUAAUUUGUGGUCAAAAAUUUAAACCAACAAAUUUUCAUGGAAUAGAGAACCUCAACAUUAUAUGUAAAUUGUUUUGAUAGAAAAACAAUCAAGAUUUUGUGUGGAAUAUAACAUAGAAACAAACUAUUCAUUUGCUAAGACUGCCAUAACAAAAUACCACAUUGGCUUAAAUAGCAAAAAUGUAUUUUCUUGUGAUUCUGGAGUGUCAGCAGGUUUGGGUUUGAAACCUCUAUCCUUGCCUUGCAGAUGAGUGCCUUCGUGCUGUGUCUUCAUACAUGUCCUUAUAAAGACAGCAGUCAGAUUUUUUCAGAGCCCACACUAAUGGCCUAAUUUUAAUUAAAUCACCUUGUUAAAGGUCUUAUCUCCAAAAAGUCACAUUUUGAGGAAUUGGGGAUUAGAACUCAACAUAGAAAUUUUACAGGUAUACAAUUCAGCAUAUAACACUCCACCCUUUUCUUGAACUACCAAAAUUCAAAGAGAAUACUCAGGCAAGUCAAUGUGAUAUGAGAACUCAGAAAAGCUACUCAGAACAAAAUUCAGAAAAACAAGUCAGAAAUAAUAAACAGAAGGUAAAAAUUGAAGCUUAAAAUGACAAAAAUUUCAGGGUGUAAGUAGUUGAAUAAAUGAGAUCAAGCACUUAAGGGAAAGCUAUGAAAGCAGAAUGGAGAAUCAAACCAAAUUGAAGAUCAUAAUGCACAAAGAACCUAGGUGGAAGAAGAGAGAAAUAAGAUGAAAAAUUAAGGAAGAAGCACUUUGAGAAAUAUCUGACUCCAUUAGGAAAGACAGCAAAAGGAUAAUGGGCAUCCUAAAAUAGUAGAAGGGGAAGAUAUUUUGUGAGGGGUGAGGGGGACAAAGAGUUUAUUCAAAGAAAUAUUAGAGGGAAAAUUCCAAACCUGGGGAAGGAACUAAAUAUAAAAGUCCAUGAAAUUAAAAGAACACCUGGUUAAAUGCACACAUAGUGAGACUACCAAGAGUUAGAGACAAAAAAUGUCAAAGGUGGCUAGGUUAAAAAAAAAAGUAUAAAGAUACUCCCAUCAAGUCUUCAUCACACUUCUCAGGAGACUCUGUAAGCCAGAAAGAAAUGGAAACAUGACCAAAAUACUCAGAGAUAAAAAUUACCAACCCAAAACACUAUAGCCUGCCACACUCUCAAGUAUAGGAAAUAAAGACCUCAGGAAAACAAAAGCUGAAUAAAUUUGCCAACACUAUACUUCCCCUACAAGAAAUGAUGAAAAUAGUUCUCCAAUGUAAAUUGAAGAGAUGAAAAUCCAUAAAAAUAUGAACAAUGAAAACUGAAGACAAAAUGGAGUAGCAAACCCUCAUAUCAAAGAUCACCUUUAAUGUAAAUGGACCAAUGAUGAACAAUCAAAAUGCACAGAAAGACUGGUUGGUUGAGAAAAGAAAAUCCAGUGUACUGUUGUCUCCAGGAGACCAAUCUGAUCUCCAAAGAGAAUCAUAGGCUCAAAGUAAUAGAUUGGGAAACAAUCCUAAAAUUAAAUUGUGAUGCUUACAAAGGCAUCACAAUACAUCAGGAAGAUAUAGCACUCAUCAAGAUAUAUGCACAAAAUGAAGGCGCAACAAGAUAUAUAAAGCAAGUAUUAACAACACAAUAACAAUAGCAACACAGUAGUAGUAGAGGACUUUAGUACCCCGCUUACAACAAUAGAGAGAUCAACCAGAGAGAAAAUCAACAAGGUAACCACAGCCUUAAAAAGGGAAUUAAAAUAGAUGGGCUCAAUAGGCACUUGUUUAUAGGGCAUUACACCUCAGAAAACCUGAGUAUAAAUUCUACUCAGUGCACAUGGAAACUUUUCAAGGCUGGACAACAUGUUGGGACACAAGAUAAGUGUCCAUAAAUUCAUGAUGAUUUAUCAUACCAAGUAUCUUUUCAGAUCACACUGGUUUUCUUUUUUUUAAUUUUCUUAUAUUGUUGUUGAUUUUUGUACAGUAAUUGCUUUCUUCCCUCAGGUGUAGUCCCCAUAGCUCUACCGCCAUAGCACCUGUGAACAAUCACUAUAUUUCCUUGUGCUCUUCCCUCCCCUGUUUAGACACCCCUACCUUUUCUCCCUUGCUGUAUGCCUCAAAUCUGGUCAGCUUGCAAGCUUUGUCUUUUUUUUAAAGAUUUAUUUAUUUUAUACAAGAACUGGGGUACAAGCCAGAGUUGCGGGACAAUGAGAGGAUUCACCAGAGACAGAGCAGGGAGCAGAACAGGCAGGCGGACUGACAACUCUGCUGAGGGGAGCAGCGGGCGAGACAGAAGAGGUCUGCCACGCCAUGUGGGUAUCUCCCUGGCCAGCCGAGAAUCGAACCCAUGCUACAGAGGCUGCAGACAGCUUCACAGCACUGUGCUCAACCCACUGCACCAUUGGGGAGGCCGGCAAGCUUUGUCUUUUUCUUGACCUUUUGUUCAGUUACUCUAUAUCAUGCAUAUACAUGAACCCUUCCAAUAUUCAUCUUUUUCCUUCUGAUUUAUUUUGGUUAGCAUAAUCCCUUCAAGCUCCAUCUAUGUUGCCACAAGUGGUAUGUAUUUUUCUUUUAUGAUCAUUUAGCAUUCCAUUGUGUAUAUAUAUCAAACUUUUUGAUCCAUUCACCUAUUUUAAGGCAUUUGGGUUGUUUCCAUAUGUUGGGUAUUGUAAAUAGUGCUACAGUAAACAUAGAAGUGCAGGUUUCCUUUCAAAUUAGUGUUUUCAGUGUUCUUUAGAUAGAUUUCUAGCAGUGGAUUCACUGGAUCAUAUGGUAUACCUAUUUUUAGUAUUUUGAGGAACCGCCACACGACUUCCCAUAGUGGCUGGAACAAUUUACAUUCCCACCAGCAGUGUAAGAGAAUUCCUUUCCCACCACAUUCUCACCAUUUGUUGUUUCCAGUUUCUUUUUAAUAAUGAGCCAUUCUCACUGGUAUAUAGUGAGUGGUACCUCACCAUGGUUUUGAUUUGCAUUUCCCUGAUAAUUAGUGAUAUUGGCCAUUUUUUACAUAUGCCUGUUGGCCAUUUGCAUUUCUUCUUUGGAGAAGAGUCUUUUUAAUUCUUCUGCCCAUUUUUUUGGACUGUGUUGCUUGCUUUGUUUUUGUUGAGUUGUGUAAGUUCUUUUCAGAUCUUUGAUAUCAGUCGCAUCUGCUGUAUGGUUUGUAAACAUUUUCUCCCAUUCCGUAGGAUGUCUCUUCAUUUUGAUUACUGUUUCUUUUGCUGAAGCUUUUUUGUUUGAUAUAGUCCCAGCUGUUUAUCUUCUUUGUUUUCCUUGCUUCUGGAGAUGAAUCCUCAAAGAAGUUUCAGAUAUUUAUGUCAUUGAAUGUUUUGCUUAUGUUCUCUUCUAUAUAUUUUAUGGUUUCAGGUCUUAUAUUCAAGUCUUUUAUCCAUUUUGUGUUGAUUUUUGUGUAUGGUGUGAGAUAGUAGUUUAAUUUCAUUCUUUUGCAUGUCUUAGUCCCAACACCAUUUAUUGAAGAGGAUUUCUUUGUUCCAGUGUAUAUGCUUUGCUCUUUUGUCAUAGAUUAGUUGGCCAUGGAUAACAGUGGUAUUAAACUGGAGAUCAAAGAUAAAAAGACAGUGGGGAAAAAAUGAUCAAAUAUGUGGGGACCAAACAUUCAACUACAGAAUAAGUAUUGAGUUGAAUCAAAAUAGAAAUUUAAAAAAUACCAGGAAACAAAUGAAAAUAAAGAUAUAUGGUACUAGAAACUGGAAGCUAUACUAAAAGGAGAGAAGUAUGUAUAACAUAAGUGCCCAUCAAGAGACAAGAAAGGUCUCAUAUAAAUAAUCUAACCUUAAACUUUAAGGAAGUAGAAAAGAACAAGACCAAAAAACAUUGGAAAGAGGUAAUAAAAAUCAGAGCAGAUAUAAACCAUAUCAAAACAGUACAAAAGGUCAUUGAAACCAAAAGUUGAUUUGUCAAAAAGAAAAAAAAAAAUAGCCUCUAGCUAGGCUCACUAUGCAAAAAAGGAAGAAAAAUUUAUUAGCAUCAAAACCAAAAGAAGUUACCAGUACCAGUAAAUUGGUUAAGCUACAAGAAAUGGACAAACUUUUAGAAGUAUACAAUCUUCUUAGACUGAGUCAGGAAGAAACAGAAAGCCUGAAUAGACCAUUUAAGGCAAUGAAACUGAAACUGACUAAAAAGCUUCCCAAAAAAAACAAAAGUCUAGGACCAGAUGGUUUCACUAGUUAGUUCUACCAAUCCCUCAGGGACAAAUACCUAUCCUUCUCAAACUCUUCAAGAAAAUAGAAUGCUUCCAGAUGUAAUUAGGAAGUCAAGAAAUAUACAAUGGAGUAAAGAGUCUCUUGAAAUCAUGUUGGGAAAACCAGACAGUCACAUGUAAAAUACAAAAGAAAAAUUAAGAAUGAAACCCAUUUACAAUAGAAUCUAAAAGAAUUAAAUGCUUACAAAUAAAUCUAAGGAGGUAAAAACUCAUAUGCCAAAAAAUACAAAAUAUUGUGAAAAGAAAGAUCUUUAUAAGUGGAAUUGUUUCCCAUGUUCAUGGAUAAGAGAACUUCAUAUUGUUAAAAUGUUACUACACAAACCUUGUACUAAGUACAAAAAUUGUACUUAAGUGCAAUACAACCCAAAGUAGUCUACAGAUACAACACAAUCCCUGUCAUCUCCCAAGUCAUUUUGUUCAGAAACAGAAAAGCCAAGCUCCAAAUUCAUAUGGAAUUAUAAACGUUCCCAAGUAACAAAAACAAUCUCAAAAAUGAAGUUUAAAGUUGGAGGUCUCAUGCUUUAUUACUUUGAAACUUACUACAGCAUUAUAGUAAUUAAAAUAAUAUGGCAUUGGCAUAAGGACAAGCAUCUACACCAAUGGAAUAAAACAGUCUAGAAACAAACCAUCACCUAGGGAGCAAUUGAUUUUCAAGUAGGAUGUCAAGAUCAUUUAAUAGGAAAAGGACAGUCUCUUCAACAAAUCAUAUCUGAAAAGCUGUACAGACCAUAUGCAUAAAAGUGGAGUUGAACCUUUACCGUAUCAUAUACAAAAAUUAACUGAAAAUUGACUGAGAUCUAAAUUUCAGCACUUAAACUAGGGACUCCCUGGUGGCACAAGGGGUUAAGCACAGCAUUGUGAAGCUAUCUGCAGCCUCAGCUGUCAAGUUCAAUCCCCAGCUGGCCAGGGAGCUACCCACAUGGCACAGCAGUCCUCUCCUGUCUCACCUGCUGGUCCCCUCAGCAGUGUAUUUCAGUCAGACUGCCUGUUCUGUUCCCCACUCUGUCUCUGGUGAAUCUUCUCACACCUCUGACCUGUAUCCCAGUUCUUGUAUGCAUAAAUAAAUCUUUAAAAAAAACCCUGAAACUAUGAAGUUCUUAGAAAAAAAAUGAAGUACUUCAUGGCAUUUCAUAUGAUGCCAAAAACACAGAAAUAAAAGAAAAACAGACAAACUGGAUUUCAUCAAAAUUAAGAAGCUUUGCAUCAGAGGAUCCUAUCAAAAAAGUAUAUUGUAAACUUUAAACUCGUCUAUCCUGCCUCAACAUACCAACAAACAAGCUAUGAGCACUUCACCCAGAUGAUCAGAGUCACCAUGUGAUAAGGUUGCAUCUGCCACAAAUUUUGCUUACAAUUCCCUGUGACCUAGUAAUAAAUAUGCCGAUGAAAUUGCCUCCGAUUUUUGCUUGUGUACUCCACUGGGACUCUUAAU